AUGUUGAACCUGAAAAGAAUUGAAUUUGAAGAUGGAAGGCAAUUUACUAAAGCCAUGUUGGCUGAUAUGAAAUUUAUGACUGAAAACUGUAAAUUUGAAGCUACUGUGCAAAGAAAAUUCCUAGAAAACAA